UGGACGGGGCGGUUACCAAACGAACAAAAGGGUAAGAGAGGAGGGGCACGCGCCCUCUUGUCCUAUCAUAGAAAGUACGUAACUGCAAACAAGAGUUUACGUAGAGACCACCCACAUUGCGUAAAUACUAACAACAAACAUGGCGGACGAUCACACAGACGCAGACCAAUCUAUGGAGGGGAACACUCCAAUUGCUGAAAACCCCCAUUCUGAAUAUGGACUGACAGAAAACAUCCAGAGAAUAGUGGAAAACGAGAAAGCCAACACAGAGAAGGUCUCCAAACAGAAGGUGGAUCUGCAGUCGCUCCCCACCAGGGCAUAUUUGGAUCAGACAGUGGUGCCCAUUCUUCUUCAAGGCUUAUCUGUGUUGGCCAAGGAAAGACCUACAAAUCCUAUUGAAUUCUUAGCAGCCUUCCUUCUCAAGAACAAAUCACAGUUUGAAAAUCGAAAUUAAGCCCCAGACGGAUGGAAAUGUGCACUUUGAGGCCAUAUGUUUAAAAUGAAGAAAAUUGUUGUUUCUGUCAAUGGUUAUGUUUGCUAAUGAUAGUGUAUGUUGUUUUUUAAACCAGAAUAAAGAUUGUGCUGCAA